AUGGGCAGGAGGCUGCCGGCGGCGUUGUGCGGUGGCCGGGCGGCGACGCGGGUGGUGAGGAGAAAGCGGGUGCACCGGGCGUCCUACGCCCCGUCCUCUAAGCUCCCCGCCCCGGCACUGCCCGGCGGCGGCGGUGGCAAGGCCGGCAGCGCAGCAGCAACAGCCGGUGGUGUCAAUGGCAACGGCGAGCUGAUGGUGCAAGUGGGCAGUGCCGCCGCCGCCGCCGUGACGGCGACCGGCAAGAAGAAGGACGGCGGCGGGCGGCGGGUCAUGGUGCUGGCCGACGGCCGCGCCGAGGCCGCCGGCGCGCUCCAGUGGGCGCUGUCGCAGGCCGUCCGGAGCAACGACACUGUCGUCCUCCUCGCCGUUGCCAAGCCCGUCGCCCGAGACGCCGUCAGUGAUUCUUGCGUCAAGAUGCUGGGCACCAAGAGCCAGCAGCACCUCGCCGCCUUGAGGACAGUCUGUGAAUCAACAAGGCCAGAGGUGAAGGUGGAGACGUGCGCCGUGGAGGCGGAGGAGCGCGCGCCGGCGGUGGUGGACGUGGCCAGGCGGCACGGCGCGUCGUUGCUCGUGCUGGGCCAGCGCCCGCGGCGGCACGCGGUGGCGCGGUGGCUGCACGCGGUGCUGUGGCGGCGCCGGCGCAGCAGGGGCUCCUCCUCCGCCGCUGGUGCCGCCGCCGGCGGCGGAGGCAUGGUGGAGUACUGCAUCGAGCACGCGCCGUGCGUGGCGCUGGCCGUGCGCAGGAGGAGCUCAGGCGGUUACCUCGUCUCCAGCAAGCACCACAGGGACUUCUGGCUCCUCGCCUAG